AUGGCUUCCACCGCUCUCUCCAGCGCAAUCGUGAACACCUCCUUCCUCCGCCGCCAACAGACACCAAUCAGCCUCAGAUCCCUCCCUCUGGCCAACACACAAUCCCUCUUCGGCCUCAAAUCCUCCACCGCACGCGGCGGCCGCGUCACAUGCAUGGCUACCUACAAGGUCAAGUUCAUCACACCGGAAGGUGAGCAAGAAGUGGAGUGCGAAGACGACGUCUACGUCCUCGACGCUGCGGAUGAAGCAGGUAUCGAUUUGCCUUACUCGUGCCGUGCGGGAUCUUGCUCAAGCUGCGCAGGGAAAGUCGUCUCUGGCUCCGUUGACCAGACGGACCAGAGCUUCUUAGACGAUGACCAGACGGACCACAGCCACACACUCUAACAAACUAGCAAAAGAAGAGACGUCACUAUCUUUCUUUCAGGCAUGGCUUCCACCGCUCUCUCCAGCGCAAUCGUGAACACCUCCUUCCUCCGCCGCCAACAGACACCAAUCAGCCUCAGAUCCCUCCCUCUGGCCAACACACAAUCCCUCUUCGGCCUCAAAUCCUCCACCGCACGCGGCGGCCGCGUCACAUGCAUGGCUACCUACAAGGUCAAGUUCAUCACACCGGAAGGUGAGCAAGAAGUGGAGUGCGAAGACGACGUCUACGUCCUCGACGCUGCGGAUGAAGCAGGUAUCGAUUUGCCUUACUCGUGCCGUGCGGGAUCUUGCUCAAGCUGCGCAGGGAAAGUCGUCUCUGGCUCCGUUGACCAGACGGACCAGAGCUUCUUAGACGAUGACCAGAUGAACGAGGGGUAUGUCCUCACAUGUGUGGCUUACCCAACUUCUGAUGUCGUCAUCGAAACCCACAAAGAAGAAGCCAUUGUUUAAAUUUCUAAACCUAUCUUUAAGCAUCAUCGAUGGAAUAUAAUAAAACGAGAAGAAGCGUGAUGUACAAGUCAUCUUUCCCUCUCUUCGUUACUUUGCUAAUUUGGCUUAACCUUUUGUAUAAGAUCACUUUCGUACAUCAUAUUCCAAAUUCCUAUGAAAAUGAAAAAUAAGAAAAGUUGCUGAUGGCGUAUA